AUGAAUUCUGGUGGUGGUGUAACGACCACUCUCUAUCGUCAACCAACCACUCUGUCGCAGUCGAAUGGUCCCAGUGCAAUUGUUUCACCAUCCUCACGACGGCCUCGCAAGAAAGAAAGGCCUCAGAAUCAAGGCGCCACUCUGCUGAAUGCAUCCGAGAAUGAGAUUCUGUACUCGUUGCUUGGUCAUGAUUGUAUAUCGCUGGCGGCCGGUGUUGUACAAUUGUUGCGAGCCGAUCCACACAAUGCACGCGUUUGGACAAGAGCGCACGUCGGUGUGGUGUCGUUGGUGAAGGACUACCCGAAACGAUCGUAUUUUCUGCGACUCUACGAAAUAUUCAAGAAUAAAUUCGUAUGGGAACAAAUGCUGUGA